UGACAGUGCAAAUCUCCCACACCUCCCCUCGAUAGAUCUCUCUACUAAAACCCCCUCUCCACCUUCCUCGCUCUCUACAUCUUUCUCCCUACCUACCCACGCAUGUACAAUCUAGCUCCUCCCCCUCUUCCUCUUCCCCUUCUUCUUCUUCUUCUUCUUCUUCUUCUUCUUCUUCUUCUUCUUCUUCUUCUUCUUCUUCUUCUUCUUCUUCUUCUUCUUCUUCUUCUCCCAACUCCUUGAUCAACCAACAUAACAACAUGCAUACAUAGAUCGAUCUUUCGCUAAAAGUAUCAAUUGGGUAUCUUGCUCCAUAUAUAUACACUUGCAAUUUGCCGUGGAAGGUCCCAUUUGGAUGGCAUUAACGGGCCAACCCCGGAGCUCACUAUCGGAGCCCGAAACAAGCGCCAAUUCGGCUUCUUCCUCGCACUCCUCCCUUUCCUCCCCUUCCUCCACCUCCUCAUUGGCUCGAAUGCUCCAGAAUCCAGCCACCCAAUUGUUCAAGGAAGAAGGCGGCGGCGGCGGCGCGCCCAUAAGGCGGCGCGUGCGGGACAGCACCAACAAGCACCCGGCGUAUCGGGGCGUCCGCAUGCGGAACUGGGGGAAGUGGGUGUCGGAGAUCCGGGAGCCGCGGAAGAAGUCGCGGAUAUGGCUGGGGACGUUCCCCACGGCGGAGAUGGCGGCGCGCGCCCACGACGCCGCGGCGCGGGCCGUCAAGGGCGCCGCCGCCGUGCUCAACUUCCCCGAGCUCGCCGACUCGCUCCCGCGCCCCGCCACCCUCGCCCCGCGCGACGUCCAAGCCGCCGCCGCCCUCGCCGCCGCCAUGGACCCCGCCCCCCUCGACGCCGCGCCGGCGCCCGCCGCGCCCGCGCCCGCGCCCGCGGCUGAGGAGGACGAGGAGCUCGGCGAGAUCGUGGAGCUCCCGCGGCUCGGGGAGGAGGAGGACGACGACGAGGAAGGGGCGCGGUGGUGCCGGGUCGGCUCGGGCGAGCCCGAGCUCGCUUUCGACGACUCGUUCGACCCGUGGGCGCCGUGGACGGUGGGCGCGGACGGGGAGGUGGACGACGACGCCGCGUACGGGUUCCUCGCGUCGGAUGGUUGCGUUCCGACCACCUUUGGACGAGGCUUCUUAUGGAACUGAGAAUAAAGCUGUUUUUUACAAAUUCUCUCUCUCACUCUCUCCUCUCAAUGUAUAUAUUAUAAUAUCUCUCUCUUUCCUCCUUUGAUUGGCCCUUGUAUUUUUCACGAUGGGCCAGAGGAUUUUCUUAAUUUGUACUCUUCCCCUCUUUCUUUCUUCUUCUUCUUUUUUUCUUUUCUCUUUUUCACUUUUGGUCUUUCGGUUGGCUUUUAUUUCAAUUUAGUGAAAGUUAGUGUUAUUAACAGAGUAAAUUUUAUUAUUGAUAAACAAAAUUUUUAAAUUGAGUUUGACAAA